AUGUUCUCCAUACAUUUAUUCAGCAAAUCCUUGUNUAAGUGGAAGAACCUUGGAAGAUAAAGGUUCAAGAAUUACAGAACAGAAUAUAAGAAUUAGAAUCUUAACAAUAAAGUAAAUAAGAUAAUGAAGAUGAGGAAAGUGAAUUAUCUUAAGCAUAUAGUUAAAUUUAAUAGUUAGUUAACACAAUAAAAAUUUUAUAAGAUGAAAUUUAAUAAAUAUAAGAGAAACUUGAACAGAAAUAAAAUAUUAUAGAUAGCUAUGAUAGAUAGAUAUAGGAUAAGGAUAAAGAAAUCGAAGAAGCAAAUCAAUAUAUUUAAGAAUUACAUGGAUAACUAGAAGAGUAAACGACUAAUGUUGAAGAAAAACAUAAAUACUUAUUUGAUGAAGUAAAUACAUGGAAAAAGAAAUUUAUAGAGUAAAAUAAGUAUAUAUUGAUUUUAAUUAUAGAGAAUUUCAUUAGAAAUAAGAAGAAUUGA